AAAAUAAAAGCAACGCACGAGCCCGCCGGGCCGGGGCUGUGGGGCUGGGCUCGAGUGGAGGUGACUGCCAGCCUCCAUGCCGGCAUGGCAGAAGAGGAGCCUGAUGCCAAGAGCCCCAAGCGGGGGGCACGGGCCCCACCUGGGGGAGCUGAGGCUGGGGAGCCCACCACUCUUCUGCAAAGGCUCCGAGGUACCAUUUCCAAGGCCGUGCAAAACAAGGUAGAAGGAAUCCUGCAAGACGUACAGAAAUUUUCAGACAACGACAAGCUCUAUCUCUACCUUCAGCUCCCCUCAGGGCCCAGCACUGGAGACAAAAGCUCUGAGCCCAGCGCCCUCAGCAAUGAGGAGUACAUGUAUGCCUGCAGGUGGAUCCGCAACCACCUGGAAGAGCACGCGGACACCUGCCUGCCCAAACAAAGUGUCUACGAUGCCUAUCGGAAAUACUGCGAGAGCCUCGCCUGCUGCCGCCCGCUCAGCACGGCCAACUUCGGCAAGAUCAUCAGAGAGAUCUUCCCAGACAUCAAGGCCCGACGGCUGGGUGGCCGGGGCCAAUCCAAAUACUGCUACAGCGGCAUACGGAGAAAGACCUUGGUGUCCAUGCCACCCCUGCCUGGGCUUGACCUGAAGGGCUCGGAGAGUCCGGAAAUGGGACCAGAAGUCACCCCUGCACCCCGAGAUGAGCUGGUGGAGGCAGCCUGCGCCCUGACCUGCGACUGGGCAGAACGAAUCCUGAAACGAUCCUUCAGUUCCAUCGUUGAGGUCGCCCGUUUCCUGCUGCAGCAGCACCUCAUCUCUGCCCGGUCUACGCAUGCACAUGUGCUCAAGGCCAUGGGGCUUGCUGAUGAGGAUGAGCAUCUGCCUCGGGAACGGUCGUCUAAGUCCAAGAAUGGUGUGGAGCACGUGGAGAGUGGAGCACAAAAGAAGCCAGAGAGGCCGGCCCAGCCUCCUAAGGAGCUGGAAGCCCGGGCCGGGGCUGCAGGCCGGGGCGGCGGCAGUGGCGGCAGUGGCAGCAGUGGCAGCAGUGGCAGCAGUGGCGGCAGCAACGAGCGGAAGAAGAACAUAGUUGAGAGCUCGGCCCCAGCAGCCAGUAACCCCCAGGUUAACGCCCUUGUGGCCCGGCUGCCUCUGCUCCUCCCUCGGGCCCCUCGAUCACUCAUCUCGCCCAUCCGAGUCACUUCUCCCAUCCUGGCCCCCAAGCUUCCUUCAGGCACCCUGAAAGUGGCUACCCUACCCUUGCCCAGUAGGCCUGGGGGACCCCAGGCAGCUGUGCCCAUCAUUAACAUGAUCUUACCCCCCGUUCCUGCUCUGCCCACUCCCAGGCCUGGGCAGGUGCCACCCACAGGACUCCCUCCGCAGAGAGGUAGAGAGGUAGGCAUAGGUGGUGACCCAGGAGCGCAUGAUAAGGGUGGCAAGAGGACAGCCGAAGUCCCCUUGAGCGAGGCGAGUGGGCAGGACACACCUGCUAAAGCAGCAAAACAGGAUCUAGAGGAGACAGCAAGCGACGCCAAAAGGAAACGGGGGCGCCCGCGGAAAAAGUCAGGGGGCAGCAGGGAAAGGAAUCCCACCCCUGACAAGUCAGCAGCUGCUUUGGUGGAUGCUGCCCAGGCGUCUGCGCUGUCCUGGGAAACGUGGGGCUCCAGGAGGGAAACCAGCUCUGCUGGAGGAUCAGGGACAGCGGCAGCGAAGUCAGGGCCCAAGGGAGAGGCCGAGAAGGGGGCAGCACUCACGCCUGGUCAGGAAGACGCCACUGCCUCCAGAGGAGGAAGGGGCCCCAGUUCUCGGCAUGCCAAAGGAGAAGACAAAACUUCCCAUGUCACCCCAAAAGUCAGCGUCAUCAAGGGCAGCCGGAGCCACAAGGAGGCUCUUCAGCUGGCCAGGGGAGAAGCAGAUCCUGCACCCCAGGGUCAGAAAGACUUCAAGGGACACGUGCUCCAGAGUGCUUUAGCCCACGAGUGGAAAGACCCCAAAGCAACGCCCCCAUGAUAGGCGUGUGUGGGGAAGAAGCCCUUUCAUUCUUGCAUCAACUCUGCCCGUCUGCCUAGUAGAGGUCCUUAUCUGCACUUGCUUUUUCUCAUGGCUCUUCCUUCCAGAAGGGAAGUCCUCUCUCCUCUCAUAGACACAGCCGGGUCACCCCAUCUUACACACUGCCUGGGUCCUGCCUCUGACCUUUCCAGCUCAGUACUUCAGUGUAAUAGCCAAUCUAUAUUGCCCUCUAACCUGGGCCCCUGUGCUGUCCUGGGGGACAAUAGGGAUGGGUAAGUGUGAUGAAUGUGAAGGUUAGGAAAUCUUCUGGCUUUAAGUCAUAGAAAAGCCUAACUCAAACUAAACUAAAAAUAAAGUUAAAAUUAAAAAAAAAAAAAAGAAUAGAAAAUAAAGGAUUUAUUGGCUCCUGUAACUGGAAAGCCCAGAGGUAGGGCUGGCUCUGGGUGGAGUUUGACCCAGUGGCUUAAUGUGUCUCUAAAACAAUGCUCCUUCUGCAGUCACCCUGGGGCUGCCGGGACUCCUAGCAUUACAUAUUUUUACCCUUAGUCCCCACCCCCAUUUCAACCAAAAAAAGAGAGGAUAUCUUUGUGUACCCCAGGGGUCCUAGCAUAAAAGACCAGCCAUGUCCACACUUGAACAAUCACUCUGAUCCUUAGCCUGAUAUAUGCACAUUGGCUAUUUUACAACAGGGACUGCACCUUUAGGGAACAGGGUGGGAUCAAGCUCCUGAGAAUCAUGUAGAUGUCAUAAAUGGAAAAGGAGGGGACAUUUGAUGGGGAAGCAACGGGCCCUCAGCUGCUCCCCUGAAGUGCCACUCGCUUUGGCUUCUGUGAGGCACAGGUAGAUGGAGGUCUGCCAGCCUGCUUCCCUUUCCUCUCAGGCUUGCAACUCCCUUGCUGCACCUGUAACUACUCCCCUCUGUCUCGUGAGGCAGGGGAGGGCAGUCUCAUUCCCUGAUAGCCACUCCUCGGUCUCCUCCUUUUGUUCUACCUGCAUCAUCUCAGAUGUAGAGCCCCUUCCUGUUCUGGAUUCAGCUUUCUCACUCUGCUGCAUCCUCACUUCCCUUGUCCUUCACUCUGUUGCCACUUUUCAUCAACUAGAGCAACUAGGGCAAUUCGAUUCCCUAGUCGUUUUGCUGAAUUCAUUCUGUAUCCACCAGGUGUCACUAUCCUGUCAUGCAUAUGCCAGGACUUGGCCAGCCCUGUGGGGCUCCGGCUUAGGUGGUGGUUCUGCAGGUCAGGGAGCACCAAUGCGAAGGGAAUGCGGACCCUCCAGGCAUGUCCUGGGGAAGACCUUGUUUAUUGAGGACUAGGCAAGCUCUGUCAGGGAAUCUUGGUUCUCGCCAAGAAAUAUAGAUUUGUCUUUCAGGGAGACUUAAUGAAUUUCAACAACAGCAAAGAUGUUUUUUUUUAAUUAUAAUAUGUAAUAUUUGAUAUCUAUAAAUAAAAUAUAGCAUGAAUAAAUUAUGAAGCUAAUAACAUGAGUGCCU